AUGCCCCUUGAUAGUCUCAAUGCUGACGACACAUUCCAGCUCUACUUCUCUGCUUACCAAGGCCGAAUAUUCGUCUACAGACCCCGUGCCGCCCCGAGCCAGGCACUUCCGAGCCAACCUGAUCAACAACUGAAGCCUAAAGCAAGUGCUGCCGCCCAGCUAGUCGGCGGACAAAUUGACGAGUCUCGGCCACACACAGUCAACCAUAUGAUCACAGGGUUCCUUGGCGACGAAGAAAUAGUCCUCGCGUGCUACGACGACGGAGAUGUGGUGGCAUAUUACACCAAGGAAAUUGAGAAACAUGCCAAAGAAUGUCGUGCCACAAGCGACAGGUCACACAAAUCCGUCCCCAAACAAUUCUUCCACGAAAAUGUUGGAAUAUCAGCUUGGGGCUUGGCUGUUCAUCGAAAGUCUCGCUUGAUCGCCGUCAGCUCAAAUAGGCAUGAGGUUGUCGUCUUUGCUCUGGCUCUAUCACAAACCCCCCCGAGUCGCAGGACAGGCUUGUCUAGCACGACACAACUAGAUAUACCAACACGAACCCGGAAUUGGCGGAUCAUAAUACGGAUGGCUCCUAGUGCAGACAAUAUCCCCAACGUUUGUUUUGUGGAUGACUGUCGAGGCCACGCGCAGCGAAUUUGCGCAAUCGACAUCAAGGGAACUGCCUGGUUAGCAGAUAUUUGGCAAGGAAACAGAGGUCUAAUAGUCAUUCCACCACUAUGUUCAAAUCUACUGAAAAGUGAGGAGUUCCACCCUGCUCCAUCCAGAGGAUGGGGGAUAUUUGCUCUGGAUGAAAGGGAUUUUCUCAAGGUCAGGACUACAGAGGAGCUAUUCGGCGUGCCCACCAAUCGACUAGAAGUUAUCCCAGCCGGCAGUGGCUGUCAACAACCAUUGGUGAACGUCAGGAACGCAGUAGCUAAUAUUCCUGAUAAUCCAUACAAUAUGUUGAGACCACUAAGCCAGCCUGGUCCAAUGAUUCCUCUUGCUUGGGAACCUGAUAUGCCUCAGCUAGGGUUUGUUGUACAGGCUGAAGAUCUUUUGGGAGGCGAUGUUGGCGAGGAAGAAUUCGACACCGAGGAUGAGACCGAUGAGGAACACGAUGAAGAAGGCGACUCGGAAGAUGGCUCAGAAGUUGAUUCGGAGGAGGAUGCUAUCGUCGCGGGGACAGACUGGAGUUCCUUUUAUUUCCAAGCCCAUGAAUUGGCGCAAGGUCUGAGCACCUACAAGUCACCUGGUAGCUCUCCUGACAAUCUUCAUGCUUGGGAUGCGACAUUCAAGCAGCAGGACUCUGAGGGUCAGGGAGAGAACAGAGAAGAUCUGGGGCAAGCUGCGAAUGGGAACGCAACAGCUGCCCAUAAGCUCGACAUGACAUAUUUCCCUCACAGCAACACGGUCUAUCGAACACCCCGAAACCCAGAAUUGAUGAUGGCUUAUUGGGGGAGACCUGCGGAGUAUAACCGGCACCCACAGUUGCCAGAAGCGUAUCUGGCAGAUCUCGGGAAAAAGCUGUUUCUGUUACGGACCUACGAGAAGGAUAUAGAGUUGCGCUCAUUCUCUCCAAUCCCGAGCAGGGUCUCGCCGACGGAGUUUGGAGAAAUCUGCUCGGACGCGCUCAAAUUUGGACGAUUUCGCGACCCUGGGUUGAGGCGACAUUUCCAUGCAACCAGUAGACUCAACAUGAUUGCGUUUGCCCCUGAACUCUCACUUAUGGCUAUCGGGUCACCAACUGGGCGCGUCGUGCUUCUGACAUUGACUCGGAGGGCUGUCCCUGCGGAGCGCGAUGAUGGAACAUGGGAGCACGGAUUUCGAGUAGAGUGGGUGCUGCCGACAGGACCCGACGAGAUGGAACAUCGCAAGACGUUGCGACCUAUGCAUGGAAUGGCCAUGGGGCCAGUCCAGGUGGGAGACGAGAUCGGAGGUGCAGGACCUACGAUGCCCAGGCGAUAUCGGCUGAUGCUGCACUAUCGAAACCACGACAUAUUGUCAUAUGAGCUGACGCGAGAGGAACAGUCGGGAAAGCUGUGCAUUUUCUGA